GUUGUGCCGCUGUCAGCUUUACCUUAGGCAGCAGUGUAGACGAGGUAAGCAUCGAGUAGUUGUUACUGACGCUCAUGCUGAUGCUACGACUUGCGGCUUUCUUGUGGCGCCUUAUCGUCUACUGACCGGGGUCAUUCGCUUUACUUCAUCUCAUAGCUCCCUCUCAACAACCACUGCCCGUCAUGCCGCUGAGAGUCAUAGUCGUAGGAGGCGGCAUAGGUGGCUUCUCAACCGCCAUUGCGCUACGACGAGCACAACAUCAAGUCGUAGUGCUCGAAAAGCGAGCAGAGACAACCGCAGCGGGCUAUGCAUUGGAGAUUCCCGCCAACGCUUCUCGCAUCCUCCAGCAUUUUGGCCUGGAUUUGAGCACCCUCAAUGGCUGCCGUCAAACCGGUCUUGACAUCUUCAAGGCCGAUGUCGAUCCUCUCAAGCUGCUCCGGACCGAGGAGAGACCGGCGGACCCUACCUCGCCGAACGUCUCCGCGCAUCGCCAAGACUACACCUUCGCAUUGAAGGACUUGGCUACGCGCAAGGAGGGUGCGGGACCGCCUGCUGAAGUGCGACACAACUGCAAUGUUACUUCGUACGACCCCAGCAAUGGCUCCGUCACGCUGGCAUCAGGUGACGUGCUAGAGGCAGACCUCGUCGUAGCGGCAGACGGCGUCCGCUCCAAAGCCCAUGAAUGCAUAGUGGGCCACGAGUGUCCCGCUCAGCUUACUGGAUUAAGCAACAUUCGCUUUGUGCUUCCCACCGACCUUCUUCUGGCCCAGCCGAGCUUCAAAGACCUCAUUCAGAGGGGCGUCGAGGGCAGAGCGUGUCUUUAUGUCGACACCGAGAACAACGUCAUCAUUCAUUACCCUUGCCGAAGUGGUCGCUUGCAAAACUUUGGUGUCUAUCACCGAGGAAUACGGGGGAGCAGCAAUGCGUUCGCCGGACGAACCUACCAGGAUAUUGCGCGUGAGCGUGUCCGUAAUAUGAAUGCCAGGAUCCAAUCACUCGUCGGGCUCGCUGGAGAAAAAGACAUGUAUCUGUGGGAGAUUAUGGAUCGCGAGCCACUGCCAAGAUUCUAUAAGGAGAGACUCGUUGUUCUCGGCGAUGCGUGUCACCCCAUGGGCACGACGAUGGGCCAGGGAGCCGCGCAAACGGUCGAGGAUGCCGCAGUCUUGGGUAUUGUGCUAGAGCAAGUUGAUACUCGCAACGACUUGGACAGCCGAUUGCAGGUGUGGGAAGAGCUACGCAGACCGAGGGCGAGCGCGAUACAGAUGAUGUCGCGUACAACUCCGGAGCGAGAGGGCUGGAUCCAUGCAGAGGAGGCUCGGAAGACGGCCAGCCUCUUCUUUCCCCCAGGUGGCUUGCCGGAGACGCGAGGGGAGAUGGCUGCUUAUGCCCAUCGCUUCGAUGCGGUAGCUGAGGCUCGGAGCCGGCUUGCGAGUAAAGCAUAGUAGAGGCUCAAGGCGAUGGGCUGGGUGUGCAGAUCUGGCACAACAUUGGUAAUCCCAUCAUUCUGGACUGGGGUGCAUCUUCUUCGUGUGAGAGUCGUUACUGUUGUAGAGGGAUACAUUUAGACACGGACGAGGCUGCCUCGCUGCGCCGAGCCUCGUGGCUUCCUGCCGAACCGGGAACGCUCCAGCCACUCGCCCCACGUCAUUCCUGCCUGAGCUCGGACGCGGAACUCAAAGCUCCUCUUCAUCCAGGCUUCCAACUUUCAAGACUCAUGCG